GUGCGCGGACGUAGUAGCCGCGGUGGAUGAGCGGCGCGCGGCGCGGGGUCCCUGGAACUAGCAAGGCGGCGAAGGUGUCGUGCACGUACCCGCGUGCGGCCAGGGAGGUCUUGCUGAGGGCGCUGCUGUCGUUGGUGCUCUGCACUGCCCCGGCCCGACGCUCGCGGCUCCGCGGGCCCAUGGUCAGGGAAGUCAGGAGCGACGGUCCGUCCCGGCGGUGAGGGGCCCUUUCGUUUCCCAGUAGCCACCUCGCGGACUCUGUACGGAAAAAUCAACCCCCCGCACCCCGCUCCGUGACGCCUCUUCCUUGGACAGGUGUGCGUCACUUCCGGGAAGAGCGCACCUCGCCAAUCAGGAUUGAGGAGGCUGCUGCUGGUGCUGACAUUCGGCUGUGAUUGACAUUUCUUUGAUUCUCUGGGACUGCGGUUUCGCGGCAAGACUGACGGCUGGGGCUUAUUGUGGACACGUGGACUGUGUCAGGGAAGCGCGGGUUAUCACUUUUCAACAAGCCUUCCUGUCUGAAGUGAAAAUUUAAGCUGUCAUAAGUUGACUCAACUGUUGACAAAAAUCUUUAAAAGGUGAAGCUGAGCCCAGAACUAUGUAUACUGUUUAUCUUAACAAAAUGGGUGGAAGUGAAGCAAUCUGAAGGAAAUUCAAGACCACAGAACCUACUGACUGAACCACAUUGUAUUGUUCAUGCCAAGAAUAAGUGUUUGGAGAAAGACCUUGCUAUUCUGCUAAAUCAUGAUGGAGGCAGAAGAACAACAGCCAUGGAAGACAACCUUUUACUCAAAAUUACCUAAAGUGGAACUUCAUGCCCACUUGAAUGGAUCCAUUAGUUCCAAUACCAUAAAGAAAUUAAUAGCCAAGAAGCCAGGUCUUAAAAUCCACUAUCAGAUGACUAUGAUUGACAAGGGGAAGAAAAGAACUUUAGAAGAAUGUUUCCAGAUGUUUCAGAUUAUUCAUCAGCUUACUACUAGCCCUGAAGAUAUUCUAAUGGUCACGAAAGAUGUCAUUAAAGAAUUUGCAGACGAUGGUGUCAAGUACUUGGAACUAAGGAGCACACCCAGAGAAAAUGCUACAGGAAUGACUAAAAAGACUUAUGUGGAAUCUGUACUUGAGGGUAUAAAACAGUCCAAACAAGAAAACAUAGACAUUGAUGUUAGGUAUUUGAUAUCAGUCGACAGAAGAGGUGGCCCUUCAGUAGCCAAGGAGACUGUUAAACUUGCUGAAGAGUUCUUCCUUUCUACUGAGGAUACAGUUCUUGGCCUUGACCUCAGUGGAGACCCUACUGCAGGACAAGCAAAAGACUUCUUGGAACCUCUUUUAGAAGCUAAAAAAUCAGGUCUGAAGUUGGCAUUGCAUCUUUCAGAGAUUCCAAACCAAAAAAAAGAAACACAAGUACUCCUGGACCUGCUUCCUGACCGAAUCGGGCAUGGCACAUUUCUCAACUCCUUGGAGGGAGGAUCCCUGGAUCUGGUGGACUUUGUGAGGCAACACCAGAUACCGCUCGAACUCUGUUUGACCUCGAACGUCAAAAGUCAGACAGUUCCAUCUUAUAACCAGCAUCAUUUUGGAUUCUGGUACAGCAUUGUCCAUCCUGCCGUGAUCUGUACCGAUGAUAAGGGUGUUUUUGCAACACACCUUUCUCAAGAGUACCAGCUGGCAGCUGAAACAUUUCACUUGACCCAGUCUCAGGUGUGGGAUCUGUCUUAUGAAUCCAUCAGCUACAUCUUUGCUUCUGACAGCACCAAGUCUGAUCUGAGGAAGAAGUGGAAUCAUCUGAAGCCAAAAGUGUUCCAUUUUUAAGCUGUAAUGAGGUGAACUACUUUCCAGUAUGUAUUACAACCUAGAUCUCCCUGCUGUAUCCCACUUAGUAAGCUGUCCACUGCUCCCUCCCGUGGAAGCAUAGCAGCCAAGUGCCGUGGGCUCCAACACUAGCACCUUACUCAUGGCGGAUGCCCAGUAAGUCUCUCUUAAACUGACUGGCAGGCUCUGAGGUCGUCCAUGGCUUACCUCCAUGCCGCUUACAGGAAGGGACUUGAAAGUUGCUGCUCACUGAACUCCCCAUUCCAGCAGUGAUUUUGACUUAACAGUCCUUCAUUAGUGAUCAUGAAACUUCAAGAAAAUCAAAGUAGGUUCUCAUCAGGAAAAGUUUUGGAAUUACUAGUCUAAAUAAGGUAAAGAGAGAAGGAAAAACAGAUUGUCGCCAAAACCUUUAAGCCAUCUAGCUUGUGAUGACAGCUCUGUAUUUUGUUGUGCUUACUUUAAUCGGACUCCCUUCACUUAAGUAUUCCCUAGAACUGUGGACUCCAGGCUACACUGCAUACCAUGGAUUUUUGUGAAUCCCAGUAGCCAGGGUUAAUCUCCUUUGGGUGGGUGACCCUAAGUGACAGAUAAAGCUAGCUUCUGAGAUCUGCCUUUGCCCUUCUCAUGAUUAAUCCUCCUGGAGUCAAGAUACAUUUUAGAUUUUGAAUCGAAUAAUGGAGAGAGAAUUGAUCCAUUCUUAUGUUCAUAUCUCAUCUUCCCUCCCCUACGUGGUUACCAUAAAAAUAAUUCUCUACAGAGUUGACAAGACGGCCUCUAUACUCAGAUUACAGUAAAAGAGAAAUGGCAGUGCUCUCUCUCUCUCCCUCUGUAUAUAUAUACGAAUGUAUGUAUAUAUGUGUGUGUGUGUGUGUGUAUUAAGUUCUGUGGCAUUGGCCAUAGAGAAUAAGCAAUAAAGGAAGGGAAGAAUGAUA